ACAACAACAACAACAACGGCUCUAAAAAAACGGCGCCAUUUUUAAAGUUCAGUAGUGAGUCAUCUGUUGAACUAGAAACAUUUUCUAUGUCUGGAUAGACGGAGGACUUCGAUGUUCCUCUCAUUGAUCACCUCCAUAUUACUCUAGUCUGGACCAUUCCUGAUAAACAAUUUACCAAUCAUGGAUGAAUCAAUUUAUGAUGUGUUUGUUGUUAAUGUUCAAAAAACAGUUGAAGAAUGCAUUGCCCUAGCUUGUACUCCUUCCAUGAAUUCCCUCUACACCCUCAAAUCAAACAUUGAAAAUGCUACCAGUUCUUGGCUGUCGGAUUUCUUAGAAAAUGGUGGCCUCACCUGUCUUCUGGAUAGUCUCUGUGCGAUGACCAUUCAGGGCCCUUCUAACUUUUCUGAUGCCAUAUUACAGUUUGAUUGCCUUAACUGUAUUACUACAGUAUUGAGCACCGAUGUUGGCAUGAUGCAUAUAUUGGAACUUCCAAAUGGCCUGAAAAAACUUACCUCAGCUUUAAACACAAACCACAGCAUGACGAAGAAAGAAUUGUUUGAAAUCUUAUCUGUUCUCUGUAUGUUCAGUCCACAGAGUUAUUAUGGUGUUCUAGAAGCUUUGAAUUACUACAAAAAAGAGACUGAUCAAGCUCACCGUUUUAGUAUUUUAGUCACAGAAAUAACUCAAACCGAGACAGUUGCUUACAAAUGUACAAUCCUGACUGCCAUUAAUUGUAUAAUUAAUGGUAAUUUAAGUUUGCAAGGAAGAAACAAGAUCCGUAAUGAGUUUAUUAGUCUUGGACUUUUGGAUUGUCUCUGUGUUCUACAUGCUGAAGAAUUUGAUAAAGACUUUCAAAUUCAAAUAGAGGCAUUUUAUUCUCAAAAGCACAAAGAUGAAGAAGACAUGCAGACCAAAUUUGAGAUGGAUUACCAAAGUCCUUCAGCAUUAUUGGAUUCUAUUAUUGAAAAGACUCUGGGGACACCGAAAUAUGUCUCGUUUCUGCACAUUUUACAAGAUUUACUCUCCCUUGAAUACAACAGUGGAAAUGAAGAAAAUUCAGAGAAAUGGCAGCUGAUUGAAAACCUUAUUCCCAAAAUUCAAUCAGGAGAGAAACCAGUCUGGACAGACGGUCAGAAGUGUAAGAAAGUGUAUGACAAAGAUCUUGACAUUCUGAAGGAAGAUAAUUUCAUUCAUUCUCUUUGUGAAGGAAGCAGUGAUAGUCAAGAAGGAAAUGCUGCUCCUGUAAUUAAAUACCAUUUGGAACUGAAAGAAUCUAUUAGACUGAAGAAAAUCCAUUGGUCGAAAAUAGCCCCCAAAGAAAUCGAGAAAUCAGAUAAUUGUAUCUGGAGAUCCAGUAAUGACUUUCUACCAAUUAUACCAAAUUUUAGUAAAAUGGAAGAAUUGUUUUAUUCUAAUAUUCCUGUUGAAAAUACCCAUCUGGUCGGAAUGCAGACUUUGAUGAAUGUCACAUUGUUUCUUACACGGAGUGAAUAUGAUGCUGAGGAUUUAGUCAGUGCUUUACAAGAGAACAAUGUUGCUAGCAUACCUCAGGACACUCUCUCGAGUCUUAUCAAGAUUCUUCCAACUAAAGAAGAAGUGGCAGCACUUCGUUCUUACCAAGGUGAAAGAUUGCUUCUUCACCCAACUGAACAGUUCCUCAUUGAAUUAUCUGAUGUCAAAGAUUUCCAUCUGAUACUGAGAGGUCAUUUCCUUCAAUCAGAAUUUCUUAUUAAAUUUGUCAAACUGCGAACCAGUAUUCGUAGCAUGGUAGAUGCCUGCAAAACUGUCUUAGAAGAUGCAGGCUUGAGAGAUUUCCUUCAUUUAAUUUUGGGAGCUGGUAAUUACCUUAACCAGGAAAGCUGUUAUGGCUGUGCAUAUGGUUUCAAGUUAUCAAGUCUGCUUGAAGUGUCAAAAAUAAAAGCUACCGAAUUCAGCUAUUUCAACUUACUUCAUCAUUUAGUGGAAUUGGCUGAAGAAAAUGAUGAUCAGGUUCUCAUGUUCACUGCUGAUGCAGACAUUCUGGAUAAAGCUGCAACAUGUUGUUUGGACGAGACACGAAAUGAAGUAACGGCACUGAGUAACAGUUUAAAGCAGUUUCUGAAAGAACUCAGUCAAGCUGACCAGGAAGUGAACAAUUUAUUUAGUAUUUUUAUCAAGGAUGUGAAAUUAUUAUUUGGUGAACUCCAAACACGGUUGAGACUUUUACGAACAUUGGCUCAUAAGGUAGCUGGUUACUUCUGUGAAAACGUUGAUGAUUUCAGCCUUCAGAAGUGCUUCCAAGAUCUCCAUGCAUUCUAUGAAGCAGUAAAGAAAUGUCGUACAGAAAAUCAUUUCUUAAAGAAGCAACAUACUUUGGCAGAAGAUCGAAAGAAGGAAAUCAAAAGUCACCUCACUAAAAAGAAGUUAUCACUUCAAUUUGGAUUAGAUGCAGAUGCAUGUUCGUCUGCUUUGGAGAACAAGAAAGGUCCAAUGGAUCGAAUCCUUCAAGAGGUUCAUGGUGGUAACUUUGAGAAAUUUGCAGGAAAACCUCAUAAUUUAAUUAGUACCCCUGCUCGAGGUGAUGCUUCUAAACAUCAUCUGAAUUUUAGUCGAAUCAGUUUUGCUGGAAGUCAAAUAAAACUCCCAGAAGACGAAGAUGACUUUGAUGAAACAUUGACUGAUUUCCAUAUUCCACAGAAAAACAAAGUUUCUUCUGCCAAUACAAUGCCAUUUAAAUAUCACACAGGACCUUUUACCAAAGUAAGUCAAGCUAUAUGUUCAGAAAGUUCAUCAAAGCCUUUUAGGAAAACCCAUGUGCGAAGUCAGAGCGAUUUCACAGACAGUAUUGUCUCUGGUGAAAACCAGUGGCACAAAUAUAAAGAAAUGUGUGAAGUAAAAAAUGGUGCGAUACUGAAGGCACCACUUGCACGGCCAGAAAGCUUAUUUACCCUUGAAAGUCUUAAUCUUGAAACACCGAGUAAUACCCUUACCAAAAAAGAAGUGAGCACUGUUCAAGAAAUGCCAGUUCUUUUCCAGCUAAGCCCAGAUAACAAACCAAAGAAAUCUGACCGAAGGUCUUCAUUUGGAAACUUUAUCAGCCGAUUAUCAAAAGCUGUGUUGAAACCUCGUAACACAAACCAGGCCCGAGUUAACAAAGCGCCAUCAAAAUUGUCCAUUGAAAAGAGUAAAGACAAAGCAGAGAAAAUCUGUCCACAAAUGAAAAUACAGGACAAAGAGAAUUCCCUAAAACCCAAUAAUACAAACCAGAGAAAUUUUGGUCAGAAAGCACCAAAAUCAUCUUUAGGAAAAGACAAAAAUAUUAAGAUGGUUCCACCAAAGAAAAAUGAAACUAAAAGAAAUUCAGCAAGAACUGCUAAAAGCCCUGUCUUGAGUUCUAACAUAAACAACAAACCGCUUUGUGUUAGAGAAGGCCGACAAGUAAAGUCAAGGAAAUAACUUGUAAUUCAAAUUCUGCAAACUUUGUGAAGAAUUUACCAUUAAUGUUUCCUUGGUUGUUGGAAUUAGGGCGAUUGUUGUGUGUUUGUAUCUUCUGAUUGCUGCAUGUUUAUAAAUUUUUAUCUAAACCCCUGAAAUAUCUAAAUGUCAUAUCAAUUUGGGGUUUUUAGCUUAUUGCAUUAUUUUCAGCUUAUUUUUUUUUUUUAAUUUUCAAUUCUGAGUUAUGUUUUCAAACCUACUAUUUUUGUGAGUGCAUGAUGAGGUUUCUCUAUGGUCAUUCAACUGGCUAGUAAUAGCAGUCAGAUCUCUCAAUUUACACUUAAACUCUUCUUUCCUAAAAUGGUCGGGUAUAGGUCAGCUCAAUCAAGGUUCACCUUGGACUAUACAAGAUCAAUGACAGCUUAUUGUAUAAUCUGUGUAUAUUUUCUGUUCUAUACUGACCAUAUCUCUCUUUCUGCCAAACUUGGUAGGAACAUUUUAUUUGCCUCUAAUAUAGAAAUAUAAUUCUAGUUUGAGUCUCUUAAAAGAAAAAACAGUUCACAAUUAUAAAUAUUUCAGCAAUUAGUGGAAUUAAUGAAUAGUUCAAUUAAAAUUGUUUUAUGAUAAGCUUCAGAGAUAACAAGAGCUCAGCUAUAGCUUAGAUGUAAAGUUAUUAAACCUCUUUUACUGAGGGCUGCAAAAACUGAAGUUUUACUGUGACUCGGGCAUUCAAUAACCAAUUCAUGUUAAUACAUUGCCAAAGCAAUGUCCCAGCAACUGUCGCUGAAAUGACUGAAUAUUAUUUGUUAUUAAUUAUCCAGGAUUGUAAUUGAAAAUAAUUCAAUAGACUGGAGUUUAAUUUCUGUUUUCAAGUCAUUGAGCAAAACUGAGUCACCCACCUCCUAUUCUAAUUUGUGGGUCCUCUUUAUGAAUAUAUUCAGACAUUUUUCUUUUAGAUAAAAAAAACAAAACAAAAUACUGAACAGUCCACACACAGUUCUUCUUGUUUUGUUCUUGGCUUCCUUGUCCAUGGUACCUAUUCUACAGCUAGUUGGACUGAGCCAGUGAAAUGUCUUGUCUUUAUAUGGUUGCAGCUCUGAUUCUUAUAUAAUAUUGGAUUGAAAUUAGUUUAGUUAUGUAGGUUAGAGACUAUUUUAUUAUUUUUAUGUUUUGAGAAAAAUAUUUUAUAUUUUCUCUUUUUGUUUCAAAAAGUUUUAUAUUUGUUGAUAGUGACAUUAUUGAUCAGUUAAUGAUGUCUACAGAUAUCACAGUGAAAGUUUCAGCUUUAAACUCAUGAGUCUGGGAUUAAUUCUAAUAGUUUGGUUAACCAUUUCCAUUCAAAUCCCAGUCAUCAUAGAAAAGUGUUCUUUAAACCUAUUUUGAAAAACCUAUUAAAAAGUUUUUACUUUUUGUACAAUAUCCCAAGUGCAUGCACACACACACUCUACUUUUAGUUUUUUUCUGAAGCUGUCCAUAAGCAACAAGAGAAUGAUAAAGUUGCUUGAAUAAAAUCUUAGAUCCAGGUAUGUAAAAACAGUUUUACCUUACAUAUCACAAACAUUACAUACUUGGAACAUAAAGAAAGGGGUCUGGGCACUUCAGGCUUCUGGACCACAAAAUGAACAAAAAGUCUUUGUGUGUCUCUACACAUACCUACACAUUUUAAUUCUAACACAUACAUACACCAUUUUUCUUUCACACUUAAAUACAGAAAUAUAAUUGGAGAAAAGAAAACAUUGAUUCCAUGAUAGCCAAGAUGUGUGGCUUUCUAUUAGUUUUCUAAUUCUCACAGAGUUUGUAUACACCCAUUCAUAUAUAUAUAUAUAUAUAUAUAUAUAUAAAAACAUGAAGUAUUUUGUUUCUCACAAAAUACAGGAAACAUUAAUCUUUUUUUCAAAUUCUAGUCCUGGUUGUGUUUUAUAUAUAUUAUACACAUACACACAUGUGGUAUGUAUGUAUGUGAUUCAUUAUUUUUUUCUUGUAAAAAUAUUAUCAGCUUUAUUAAUAAUACUGAGAAGAUAACAUUGUUUAGAUUUAUAUUUAAGAAACUUGUGCUAACAAUUGUAUAAUUACUUUUUUCAAAGUUAUCUCUACAGAGUUUCUUUAGAAAUUAAAACCAGUACUGAAAAUGAUCGAAUAGCACUGCUAACACAGGAAGGAUACAGUAUUGACUUAAAAAGCUUAUGGUUGCAUAACAAAAUACAGUGUCCUGACCAGCAAUUAUAUAAUUAUGAUUAUAAAUAUGGAUAGAUUUCAGAGUAAUGGUUGUCUUUAAUUGAUAUGACAAUUAACAAACCAUUGUUAACAAUAGUAAACAUAUUACAAUUAACACAAUUAUUAAUUGCUAUAUUGAAACUACUAAUAAUAGUUUUAAUUAAGAACAAGCACUAUAGCACU